CACUAACAAAAGCCCAUAAUGGUCACGUUUUGUACUGAUUUCUCCCACUAGCAUCUCUGGCUUGUUUUCACCUGUGCUCCACUGCAAAGGCUGCGCUUAAGACUUCAGCUUGUAUCACCCAGCAGAGAGAGGGAGAAUUCUGUAUGAAUCACAAGAGAGGCUAUCCUCUGUUUCUCUGCUGCUCACAUCCCAGAGCAUCUAGUUCUUGCCGGUUGCUCAGCUGCGCACUCAAGGAUGCUGCAUUUGAAAGUCCAGUUUUUAGAUGACUCUCAGAAGAUCUUCGUUGUUGAUCAAAAAUCUUCUGGCAAAACAUUGUUCAACCUGAGCUGCAGCCACUUGAACCUUGCCGAAAAGGAAUAUUUUGGACUGGAGUUUUGGAAUCCUGCGGGGCAUACAGCAUGGCUGGAACUUCUCAAGCCCAUAACAAAGCAGAUUAAAAAUCCUAAGGAGAUUCUUUUCAAAUUUAUGGUGAAAUUUUUCCCAGUGGAUCCGGGCCAUCUCAGAGAAGAGCUGACAAGAUAUCUUUUCACUCUCCAAGUCAAGAAGGAUCUAGCCUACGGAAGACUGACGUGCAGUGAUAACAGUUCGGCUUUGAUGGUGUCACACCUUUUGCAGUCUGCGCUGGGGGACUUUCAUGAAGAAAUGGAUCGAAAGCACCUGGAGACACACAAAUAUUUACCAAACCAAGAACAUCUGGAGAACAAAAUCAUGCAUUACCACAAGAAACACAUAGGGAAGACUCCAGCAGAAUCUGAUGUGCACCUUUUGGACAUAGCCAGGAAACUGGACAUGUUUGGGAUCAAGCUCCACCCAGCCAGUGAUGGGGAAGGGACUCAAAUUAAUUUGUCUGUUGCACACAUGGGAGUCCUGGUUUUACGGGGGAAUACAAAAAUCAACACAUUCAACUGGGCCAAAAUCCGCAAGCUGAGUUUUAAGCGGAAGCAUUUCCUGAUCAAGCUGCAUGCCAAUGUCUCAGCUUUGUGCAAGGAUACGCUUGAGUUCACCAUGGCCAGCCGUGAUGCUUGCAAAGCCUUCUGGAAGAUGUGCGUCGAGUACCAUGCAUUCUUCCGCCUCUCUGAAGAGCCAAAGUCAAAGCCCAAAGCAUUUCUGUGCAGCAAAGGCUCUAGUUUCCGAUACAGUGGAAGAACCCAAAGGCAGCUGCUAGAAAAUGGGACAAAGGGGAAAUUGAAGAGCUUGCCAUUUGAGAGAAAACACUAUCCCUCUCGGUAUCAUGAAAGGCAGUGUCGCUCAUCACCAGAUCUUCUAACAGAUGUUUCCAAACAAAUGGAGGACUUGCGACUGGUUUAUGGCACCAUGGGGGGCUAUCACAAUGCCAAUGGAGUCCACACAUCUGAGCCCAUGCUAGACAGCAGGCGCAGGAACUCUGCAGUAGAAGUGACCUUCACUGCUGAAUUAGAGCGGUCCAAGCCUGAAGCAGAUCCCACACUGCUGCACCAUUCCCAAAGCAGCUCUGCCUUCCCACUGGUCUAUACUGAACCAGAACAUGAUUGGGAACCAUCUGACAUCUACGAGCAAAGGAUUCCACUGACCUCCUUCCAGCCAGAUUACAAGUUUGUUGGGAACAGCAAAAGCACAUCUGUCGGCAACAUGAGAGAAGUGUCCCCCAGGCAGCUGACUUACACAGAUGUGCCCUACAUGGCUCCUGUCAGUCGGCAAGUUGAUGUGGCUCCACCCCAAGUCUUCUUCUAUGUGGAUAGGCCGCCCCAGUUUGUAAGGCACACAGCCAUGGGCCUUGCUGAGGAAAGAGGACUGAACAUCCCUGUUGGGGCACCUAUAAAGCCUUCAAGGAGAAGCCCAGUUAUGGCACAAACAAGUGUGUUUGAACCAGAGGUUCCAUCCAGAAGUAGCUACCUUAGCAGUGUCAGCAUGGAGCAAGAAGACGAUGACAGCAGUGUUUUUGACUAUGGCAGCCAGGAGCAGCUUCCCAAAAGAUCCUGGAGUCAAUCUGAUAUGAAAACUAUCCGAUUCCCUUAUGGCUCAGAGUUCCGACCUCUAGGGCCAUGUCCCGUCUUGACUAGCAGGAAGACUGACAUUCUACAAUAUGUGCUGACCCAGCAAAGAUUUCCAGAAGCUCCAAGAGUCCAGCACACACCUGAACGCUAUGUGGGUAGUGGGACGGAGUCCAGUGACUCUGAUUCUGACCUUUUGCCAGACUACUAUUCUCUCUACGGCAGAGUGGUCAAAGCACCCAGAACAAGGGUUCGUCUUUCUUCUGGAAGCCUCCAGCUUGAGGAAGAGGAUGAAGAGAUUUGUCUCGCUACUGCCAGCAAUGAGGAUAGGACUUCACUGGGAGCAUCCAGUUACUGCACUUAAAGUAAUGGGACUGGGCUAAGCUAAGUUGAUCUUGUCAAUUAUAUUGAACAAAAAUGAGGUUCCUUUCUUGGCAUAACUAGUUUUUCCAAGUAUGACUGAAAUUCAAAAAUUCAAUAGAAGGGACUGCUUCAGCAAGAUCUGAAACAUAUACAUCAGUACUCUUUUAAUGGAGGGAAAAGGGGGAAGGUUAUGUGCAGGCAAUAUAGUCAACUUCAUGGGAGUGCGUGAGUUUAUUGCUUGGGCAAUGAACAAAUCCACUAGCCAUCAAUUCAUGGAUCAAUGUGAAAACAUGUAAUGAAAAAAAAAUUAAAUGAAA